CAAAAGUGCUGAGGGAGUGUUGCUGCUGUAGAAAGGCACAAAGCAAAACAAAUUAACACUAAGAAAUGUAUGAAGUUUGAGAACCAUUCUACGACCGGAAGAGCGGUUUUGACAAGUGCCACGAAUUGUAUGAAAGGCGUUUAGAAGAGAAUAAACAAACAAAUUUGUUGGAGAUGCGUAAAAAUUGUUAGAAGGUCGCUUUAGGGUACGUUACAACCAUUGAAGUCAUCACAAUGCGCCUAAUUGUUUGUGUUUUUUUCUUUCAAGGUUUGGACAUGAACAGCCUAGAACGUUUGGCACAAGUGGGUAAUCGGGCAGCAAAAAUAUCGCGACGGGACCUACCUGCUGCGCUGUCGAAGGGACUCUCCGGGGGAACAACCGUGUCGGCAACCAUGGUGGCGUGCAACCGGGCCGGCAUUCAGGUGUUCGCCACGGGAGGCAUCGGAGGAGUGCACAGGGGCGGAGAAUCUACUUUGGACAUAAGCCCGGAUGUCAUGGAACUUGGUCGCAGUCCUAUCACUGUCGUGUCGUCCGGCAUCAAGUCAAUCCUGGACAUUGGCCGCACUCUUGAAGUUCUGGAGACCGAAGGCGUUUGCGUGGCAGCCUUCGGAGAGAGCCAGGAGUUCCCGGCGUUCUUCGCCGUCCGCAGCGGGCACCAGGCUCCGUGGCGCGUUGCUGACGCCGCCGAGGCUGCUUCCCUUAUCGAAAGCCGAAAUGCACUUCACUUGGACAGCGGUGUGCUGAUUGCGGUUCCCAUUCAGAAGGAGUUCGAAGUGGAUGGAAAUGUUGUCGAAGAGGCGAUUCAGCUAGCGCUCAGGGAAGCAGAGGCAGCCGACUUGACGGGUAACGCCGUGACGCCGUUCAUCCUGCAGAAACUGACGGAGAGGACUGCGGGCGCCACUCUGCGAGCCAACGUCGCUUUGAUCAAAAACAACGCGGGCGUUGCUGCGGACAUUGCCAGCGCUCUUUCCAAGAUUGAACGAGAGGACAAGCAACGCAGCCUGUUUCGUCCAUCGAUACCGCGACAGCCAUCCCCACCGGUAGUAAUUGGAGGAUCUGUAGCCGACAUCGUCGUCAACUGCAUGGAGGACAUGCUUCAGCUGAACGGUACGACACAUGCGGGCCGCAUCCGCACGAGUUGGGGCGGCGUGGGUCGCAACGUGGCCGACUGCCUCACCCGCCUUCUAGGAGGCACGGUGCGCCUGGUGUCCGCCGUGGGCGUCGACCGGCACGGAGAGGCGCUCCUUCAGCACAACCGGCUACUGGACACCAGUGGCGUGGUUCGUGUGGAGGGUGCCCGGACGGCCUCGUACUGCACGGUGUUGGACGACAGGGGAGACUGCCUGUUUGGCGUCGGCGACAUGGACGCUCACCGCCACAUAUCCCCAGAACUGAUCGGGCAAAACGAAGAGCACAUCGCAUGCGCUCCCGUGGUCGUCAUCGACGGCAAUCUGCCCGACGAAAGCAUCAGCUACGUCCUUCAUCUGUGCGGCCAGCGGCAGGUACCAGGUGAGUGA